UGUGCCGCUAGGAGGUGUGUCGUCGUAUUGGAGAGCCGUGUAGGAUGUGAACGACCCCGCUUCAUUAGUUGCUACCAGGAACUCCUCACGCACAGCUGGUUUUCAUUUUAUUAUAUCCCUGUUUUGCUGUUUUUACUGCGGCUUUGACGUUUCUGUGCUGACGCCCUCAACGAUAGGGCAUCGACCUCGGCUCUGUCAACACAGGUGUACCGUGAGCGGACCGCCGAGCAUCCAUCCGCAGCACAAUAGAGUUCCCUGAGGCGCUUAUCACGCGCACGACGCCGGAGAGUAAAUUGUUCGAAACGAUCAGAGUAUCGGAGAGCCCGCCGUUCCGCCAGCAACGCCCUUCAAGAUGGAAGAACGUCGCACGUCCGGAGGCCCCUCGAAGAAAUCCCAAGACCAACCGGUGCUGCUUGGAUAUUGGGCAAUCCGCGGAUUGGGCAACAGCAUCCGCCAUCUAUUGAACUACGCGGGCAUUCGUUACACCGAGAAGACGUACCCGUUCGGAGCUCGAGGUCAGGAAAACAGGCGGAGCGAAUGGCUGGCCGACAAGCCGCGGCUAGGACUGGACUUCCCCAACCUACCCUACCUCGUGGAUGGUGAGAUAAAGGUCACUCAGAGUCUGGCGAUUCUGCGGUACCUGGCCCGUCACUCGGGUCUUUUUCCGACCCAAGAGCGCGAGCGAAUCUUGGCCGACCUUGCAGAGCAGCAGCUCAACGAUCUUAUGUGGGAAAACAUCCGCCUCUGUUAUGACCCGGACUACAGCGUGAGUAAGCGAGACGCUUUUCUACAACAGCUUCUAGGCGACCGGCUUCCGGCGUUGACUCGGUUCCUGGGAGAGCGUCUCUUCUUGACCGGGGACGCUCCGAGCUACGUGGACUUUUUGGCCUUCGAGGCACUCGAUCAACACCGGGUGCUGUGGCCCAAGGAGUGCAGCCUCCGGGAUCAGCCCAAGCUUCUGGACUACCUGCGCAGGAUCGAGUCGCUCCCGGCGUUCCGGGACUACCUGGCUUCCGAGGCUUUUGUCAGCUGGCCCGUAUGGAGCGAGUUGUCAUCCUACGGAGGACCGGACACAGCCAGGCCCGUUGCCAGGGGAUGAUUGAAACCAGAGGCGAUUUUCGGUUGCACCGGCUGUAUCCAUGUAAAGGCCAGAGUUGUAACUUUCCUAAUGAAUGAAAUGCGGAAAAAUAAUAAAAGUACACACAAAAAGAUA